GCAGAGUUUCGAGAGAAGAAAGAAGACGAAGAAGAAGAAGAAGGAGAAUCGUGAACUUGCUGUUUGUGAUUUUCCGAACGGCAAAAGAAGAAAGGAGGAGGAGGAGGAAAGGUGGCGAUCGGAAACGCCGAAUCCGGAGAAGGAGGAGGAGGAGGAGGAGAGACUCGCACCGGUGGUAGUAGUCGUCUCCAAGUGUUCCUCUCGACGCUGAUUUCGAGCCUCGGAGGAGUUUUCGGCGCUAACUUUCAAGAUCAAGAUUCAGAGGGGGAUAUGGCUUCCAGAGCAGUUGUCGUUGUGCCUCGCCAACAAGUGCUCAGAGAGGGAGGAAAGCAGAAGAAUGUUGCCGCGGAAGGAAGACAGAGACGGGUUCUUCAAGACAUCGGUAACCUGGUCACAGUUCGAGCUGAAGAAGGGAAACUCCAUGAUCAGAAAGCUACACUAGAGAAGAAGAACAACAACAAGAAACCAACCAAAGUAGUGGAAUCUGCUAAACCCACAAAACCAAAAGAUGAACUCCAUGAUCAGAAAGCUGCACUAGAGAAGAAGAACAACAACAAGAAACCAACCAAAGUAGUGGAAUCUGCUAAACCAACAAAGCCAAAAGAUGAUGAUAUAGCCGUUGAGAACAACAACAAACCUGUUAGCGGAAGAAAAUUAAGGGAAGGGACUUCGAGGAAGAAUUUCAACAGGACCUUUACUUCAAGUCUUAGUGCCAGAAGCAAGGCUGCCAGUGGCCUGACCAAUAAGCCGAAGGAUAAAGUAGCGGACAUUGAUGCAGCGGAUGGUGAUAACGAGUUGGCUGUGGUCGAAUACAUCGAUGAACUUUACAGCUUUUACAAGCUCUCAGAGGGUGAGACCAAGUUAGGCGACUACAUGAGCCUACAACCAGACAUCAAUGCUAAGAUGAGAUCAAUCUUGGUUGAUUGGCUAGUAGAAGUUCACAACAAAUUUGAACUCAUGCCAGAGACCCUCUACCUUACCAUCAACAUUGUCGACCGGUUCCUCUCAAUGAAGGUCGUCCCGAGGAGAGAGCUUCAGUUGGUUGGCAUAAGCUCAAUGCUUCUAGCAAGCAAGUACGAAGAAAUAUGGGCACCUGAGGUUAAUGACUUUGCCUGCAUUUCAGACAAUGCUUAUGCCAAAGAACAGAUUUUGGCAAUGGAAAAGGCAAUCUUGGGAAAGUUGGGUUGGUGCUUAACAGUACCAACACAAUAUGUCUUCCUUGUCAGAUACAUUAAGGCCUCAGUUCCUGCUGAUGAGAAGUUGGAGAAUAUGGUGCUUUUCCUGGCUGAAAUUGGUCUAAUGCAAUACUCUGCUGUAACUGUGUACUGCCCUUCAAUCAUUGCUGCCUCUGCGGUUUAUGCUGCAAGACAUACACUUGACAAGAAACCCUUUUGGACUGAAACUCUCAAGCAUCACACAGGCUAUUCUGAAGACCAAUUGAUAGAUUGUGCUAAGCUGUUGGUGAGCUUUCACUCUGCAGCAGCAAAGAGUAAGCCGAAGGCAGUGUUUAAGAAAUUCUCAAGUCCAAAGUCUGGUGCUGUUGCUCUUCAUUCCCCGGCCACGAUACUUUUAGAAGAUAAAUCUCAACCACUUACUAGAAGCUGAUUUCAUUUAUUCUUUUGAAUCAUGGAGUUUGUUUUGUCUAAUUAAAUUACCGACUGGUAAGGAUUUCUUAGGUUACUAUUUUGUUGAUAGUGGGAGAGGAGGGAUCAUUUUGCUGUUAAUGAUCUGUAUUGUUUUAUUUCUUGUUUUGACAUGACUAUUAUACGUAAUUAUAAGAGAACGGAUUGGAAUGACUAUUAGUAUUGUAAUGAAA